GCACUGACAUUUAGUGACGUGGCUGUGAACUUCACUUGGGGAGAAUGGGAGCUUCUGGACCGUGCUCAGAAGGCCCUGUACCGGGACGUGAUGCUGGAGAACUACAGAAACCUGGUGUCCAUCGGUUAUCGACAUAGCAAACCUCUUGCACUCCCCAGCUUGGAACAAGGUGAACAACCACCGACUGUGUUCUCUGAACAGCACAGCGAAAGCUUUUCAGAAAUUGCUUCCUCUGAGAGUCAGAAAUCCACGAGCACUGAGACUGAACUCCAUCGGAGUCAGAAAACUGACACAGUGGCAAAACCGUAUGUGUGCAGUGACUGCGGGAAAGGUUAUACCCAGAAGUUACAUCUCACUGUUCAUCAGCGAACUCAUACUGGAGAGAGGCCCUAUGUGUGCAGGGAUUGUGGAAAAGGAUUCAUCAGGAAUCAUUACCUCACUAUCCACCAGCGUAUUCACACUGGAGAGAAACCCUACCAGUGUGUUGAAUGUGGAAAAGGAUUCACGCAGAAGACAGCACUCGUGGUUCAUCAGCGAACCCAUACUGGCGAGAAACCCUACGUGUGCGGGGAGUGUGGAAAAGGUUUCAUCACCAAGAAUGAGCUCACUCUCCAUCAGCGAACUCACACUGGCGAGAAACCUUUUAAAUGUGGGGAAUGCGGGAAAGGCUUGAAACAUAAGGCAGGGCUCAUUGUUCAUCAACGAACUCAUACCGGAGAGAAACCCUUUGUAUGCGGAGAGUGUGGGAAAGAUUUCAUCAAGAAGAAUGACCUCACUGUCCAUCAGCGAACUCACACUGGGGAAAAACCCUAUAAAUGUGAAUGUGGUAAAGGAUUCACCAGGAAAAAUGACCUGAUGGUCCAUCAGCGAACUCACACUGGGGAAAAACCCUUUAAAUGUGGUGAGUGUGGCAAAGCCUUCAUCCAGAAGUCAGAACUCACUUAUCACCAACGGACCCAUACGGGAGAGAAACCCUAUGUGUGCAGUGAGUGUGGGAAAGGCUUCAUUAGGAAGAAAGAUCUCAACAUCCACCAGCGAACUCACACUGUGGAGAAACCCUAUCAGUGUAGCGAAUGUGGGAAAGGUUUCAUCCAGAAGGCAGAGUUCACCAUUCAUCAGCGAACGCAUACUGGCGAAAAACCCUAUGUCUGCACGGAAUGUGGGAAAGGCUUCAUCAGGAAGAAAGAUCUCACUAUCCACGAGCGAACUCACACUGGAGAGAAACCCUAUGUAUGUGGGGAGUGUGGGAAAAACUUCAUCAGGAAGAAUGACCUCACUCUCCAUCGGCGAACUCACACUGGGGAGACGCCCUAUCAUUGUGGUGAAUGUGGUAAAGGCUUCAAACAGAAGACAGGGCUCACCGUUCACCAGCGAACACAUACUGGGGAGAGACCUUAUAUGUGCCAGGAGUGUGGAAAAAGCUACAGGAAGAAGAGUCUGCUCACUAUCCAUCAGCGAACUCAUACAGGGGAGAAACCCUAUAAAUGUGAUGAGUGUGGUAAAGGCUUCAUCCAGAAGACAAACCUUUGUAAACACAAACGAACACAUUCUGAAGCGAAACCCUAUGCUUGCAUGGAGUGUGGGGAAAGUUUCAUUGAGAAGGGAAGUCUCAGCAUUCACAAGCAAACUCAUACAGGAGUAAAACCGUAUGUAAGCGAGCAGUGUGCUAAAAAGUACAUCAAAAAGGCAAACCUCUUUUUUCUUCAGCAGACUCAUACUGGAGAGAAGCCAAAUCUUGGCAUUCAGUUUGGCAAAGACAUCAACCAUAGUCAAGCUUCUUACCACUUCCAAGAAUUGUUACAGGAAAGACUUCCUGUUCAUGUAGUGAAUGUGGAAGAUCUUAUGUAG